AUGGAGAAUCUACAGGGAUUGUCACCACAAAACCAAAAUGCAUCAGCAGAAGACGAGUCGAAGCGGAAGGCAGCUGAAGAUGAGAUGCGCAGGGAUAUGAUGGCAACCAUCCUCGACAUUGCUGCCCGAGAGCGAUUAUCCCGCAUUGCCCUUGUGAGCCCGGAGAGAUCGCGGCAGGUCGAGACCGUCGUUAUGCGGAUGGCUCAGUCAGGACAGCUGCGGGGACGUGUGAGCGAGCAGCAGUUGAUCGACCUUCUUGAUCAGAUGGAGGACGCACGGUCCAAGACAACUACGAAGACCACUAUAGUGUACCAGCGCAGGCGAGAUUUUGAUGAUGAUGAUGAUUUUUAG